GAACGAGUUUGUUUGUUGUUGCGCCGUUCGGUUGUCAUAAGCAAGCAGAUUUUAUCCUUCGAAUAUCUUUACUUUUCUGACUGCAACUGACCAUUUGGGUUAGAAGAUUUUGUUAUUUGCAUAGCGGAAAAUGCGGCUGUUGGAAAAAUGGUAAAUUUACGACCGGAUAUGUUUUGUUUAUUGGUGUUUUGUGCAGUCUAAAAAUUAUGCAAAUCCGAACGAAACAGAGUGACGUCAGAGUUUUUCCUUCGUGUGGGAACGAAGCGAAGUGUUGAUUGAUUGAUAGCUUGUUUGUGUGUUCGGCUAGGAUUCGCAAGCUGCUGGUACUACAAUCCUAUUGAAUCGGAUGCUGUUUCAUUGCCACACAUACCACUAAAGCGCCGUUGUUUUGUUUUUGUGUAGUGCGUUGAACUCCCUGCUAGGAAAAUACUACAACAACCGUUAUUAGCAUAUCCUUGGCUGAGCUUGACUUCUGCAGGCACACAACAGAGAAACAUACAAAACAAAAUAAUACCACAAUACCAACAGAAAAUAAAGAGAUGAUCAUCCAAUCAUGUCCUCCAAGUUACCAAUUCGUAAAAAUAUUGAGCCGCUGUUCAGGAUCGUUUCCGAUUUGGACAAAACAUCGAUCAUGUCCUCUUCCCCAGUUCCAACUGGCAUUGUUGAUGACUUUGAAGAUGACACUAAAACAGAACACUACCGCUUCCGGCGAAAAAUUCACAAGUCCCGAAUACCGGGACCAGCCCGCACAUACGUCGGUAAAGUUGUGAGUCGUUGCAAUAGUGCCGACGAUUUGCUGGCGGGAAAUGACCGGGAUUUCAAAGGUCGAAAAGAUCCCAUCGAUCGGUUGGAGAGAACCGUACGAGCGAAAGAUCAUCAGAUUUCCAAGUUGAUGCAGAAGAUCACCACUUUGUUCGAGUGUAACAAUCAGUUUGCGAUCGAGAAUGAAAAGCUACAGAAGGAAUACCAACAGAUUCAGCAGAACCUGAAAGCCUUGGAAUCAGUGCAGCCGAAGAGCUGCGAAACAUGUGGACAGUUUGAAAAUGAGCGCGAAACGCUCGCCAAGGAGAACGGUGAUUUGAGGAACGAUAUCAAAAUGAUGAAAAUUUUGGUCUACCGGUUGAACGUGCAAGUCGAACGGUAUCAGGAUGUGAUUCGGGAAGGCAGCAAGGGAAUGGCGGUGGGCGACAUUCCGAAGAUUGACUUCGUCGAUAGUUCUUACGGAGGAACGAAGGACAAUCUAAACUGGGGUCCGGUGAAUUCACACACGCUGGGACCGUUGCUGAACGCGUAUGAAGAGACGAUUGCGGAAAAGAACGAUUUGGUUCAGCAAUACGAACGCGAGUUGGUCAGUUUUACUGGAAAACUAAAGCAGGUGCUGGAGGAAAACGAGAAGCUGCACAAGAGCGCGGAAGAGAUUAAGAGCACCCAGAGCAAUUGGUUCUCCGAACGGGCGCGACUUCAAGCGCAGGUAGAUGUGUUUAAAACUAAAGCGGAAAUUCAAGGGAAACGUGCAGAUUUGGCAAAGGAAAAGCUGGUGGAGGUUCUAAAGUGCUACGAGCAGAAAAUACAAGCGCAGUGCCUUGACAUCGAACGUCUUCAAGAAGCUUAUUCUCGUUCUAAAGGUGAGCUCACCUCGCUGAGGAAUCUUAAUCAGAAACCGGAAGUUGUGGUUGAAAGUAUGAGGGAAUGUCAAAAAUUGUUCGAGGAGAUGAAACUUCAACAUGACUCGGAAAAGUCACGUGUAAAUGAAGAAAUUGAAUCACUGAAAGCAGGCAUUCAGGCAAAGAAUCAGGAGAUUUCUGAACUUAAACUGAAAGCUGCCGAGCAGGAGAAGGUCUUCGAACGUCAAAAGGAAAUCAAUGAAAUCCUCAUGGAGAAGAAUGCCGCGCUGAAGCAAUCGCUCCAGCAUUGUAGACAAUCAAAGGAAGUACUCAAGACACGGCUGAAACAUGUGGUCACUUGGGGCAAAGGCGUAGAGCAACGACGGGACCAGCUGACCGAUGCCUGGCACAAUGUGAAAGCGCUGCAGGAAAAGAUCCGACAGAGGGACGAACAACUGCACGCCCUGCAGGUACAGUAUCGCUCCGAGGUGGAACAACUGCAGCGAAGGUUGAAACAACGGGAGGACAGCUUGAGAAGGAUACUUGAGGAAAAGGCUCAGUUCAGGCAAGGUUAGCGUUGAAGGCGUUGGUUGAUGGCGGCGGAACGGUAAUUAUGGAUGACAAGUACAAAUAGAAUGAUUUUGUUUAGGUUUAGGUGUUGGGUUCGAGAAACGA